AAAUCCACGAGCCCAAGGGCUUAGCUGUACCACACCCUCUGCAGUGUGUGUGCACGCGGUGGCGCAGCGACCCGUAUGCAGGUGGCUCGUACUCGUAUGUGCGCGUGGCGGCAUCGGGGGACGAUUACGAUACACUGGCAGAGAGCGUGGACGAGCGGCUCUUCUUUGCCGGCGAG